CACCACCACUGAAGUUAGCCAGGAUACAGCACAAAGAGGACACUAACCCCAACCAGGACGAGCUCGUCUUUAACCUUCGAAGCUUACUCGGACAGCCAACAUCUUCUUCUUCAUCCUUUGUCAUCAACUUUUAUCUGACCCUCUGUCCAGCCUGAGACCAUGGACGCAGCUGCAGCGGCGACUCUUCUGGCUGUGGUUAUGGCGAUGGCUGGCGUCAGUCAGGCUCUUCACAUCCAAGGCAGUCUGGACAAAAAUGACAUUAUGCCUGGCAGCUCAGAGGAGAACAUGGCCGACCGCCUGCUGGGGCUGGAGAGUGAGAACAGAGAUAGCAGCGUGGAGGAUCGUCUGCUGGCCUCGGUGCUGAGAGCUCUGCUGCUGGGAUCCCAGAGAGAAACCAGGAACUCGGUUCUCCAUCAGCCACAGAGGUUUGGCCGUGACUCCAGAGGACCCAUACUGUCAGAUGAACAGAUACAUUCUCGUGACUGGGAGUCUGCCCCCGGUCAGAUCUGGAGUAUGGCCGUGCCCCAGAGAUUUGGCAAGAAAUAACGUGACAGACACAUCCACACAUCGCUGUCCUGGUUUGAGGCCAAGCAGUGGGCACAUGUGGAGAGACUAAAUUUCAAUGAAUAAAUCUGAAUUGUAUUAUAAAAGUCUCUCAUUCCUUUCAGUUCUGUUCUUGCCCAUUAGGCCUGACAUGACACCUGGCGUUCAGUGAAAGACAACACUAGCUUCAUCUUACAGCUGUUUUUCCUGAUUUCUGACACUGAAGAGCAUGCUGAUUGGUGCCUAUUGAGAUUUUCCCAGCAGGUCUUGUCUUCUCUGACUUAAAUGUGAUCGAGGACCAAGUGUGUUUGCUGUAAAUUGUUUUGCUACAGUUUUUGUUAUUGUUCAGUUCACUGAUCAAAUAAAAGAGCUUUAACAUUGAAAAA